AUGUGUCUUGUUACCACGCUUUCCGGUGUUUUGGUUUUAGCCUUUUGGCUUCCUCUAGAGUUUCAUACCUCCUUACCUGGUGUCAUUGUUUUUGCGUUGCUGUUUGGGUUUGUCAGUGGGGGAUUCGUCAGCCUGGGGCCUCCCUGUGUUGUUUCGCUUGCAGACGAUCGAGUCGAUGAAAUUGGUGUAAAGCUUGGUGGUUUCUGUCUCGCAAUUGCUCUAGGUGCGUUAACUGGGCUUCCUAUCGAAGGUGCCAUAAAGGAUAGAGAAGGGGACAAGUUCAUAGGCUUGAUGUGCUUUGCAGGUGCUACCAUGUUCCUUGGUGGAUUUUGCACUGGAAUUGCUCGAGUAAUUAAGGGAGGCUCACGCUUGAUGAAAAAGGUUUAACAGUCUCUCUCUUAUAUAUUGUUUAAUUUCCUCUGAUGAUACUGUGCCGCUAUUUCAGUCAAUCUACAGUUGUUAACAAUUAAUAAAACUCCAUCAUUAUUUCCUGGUGUUUCCCAGCUGUU